UCAAAGAACCUUAUUCACGCGGCGGCGUCCUUUCCGAAUAGCAAGCAACCGGACGAUUCUUUGGAAUUGCAGGAUUGAAUUCACUUUUGCCUCUUGCCUGCUCCACUUUGUGUAAAAGGAAACAAAAUGUCAAGGGCUGAGAUGGAAAAUUUUCAUAAUGGUUCUAAUGAAAGUUUUGAACACCAAGGCGAACUCUACCAAAAUCGAAUUCCUCUGAAUCUUCGGGUUGGAAUGACACUCGCCUACGUCAUCAUCUUUGUCAUCUCCUUAGUUGGAAAUAUACUGUUGAUCUACGUCACUUUUAAGACACCGCACUUGAAGACAACCACAAAUCUCUUGGUGGCCAACAUGGCUGUUGCCGAUUUGAUGAUAACUUUCUUUGCCAUGCCAUAUUGCGUCAUGUACCUCUACCUACAGAACAUCUGGAUUUCUGGGAGAAUCGGUGAUAUUACGUGCAAAAUCACUCAAUAUUCGCUGGCUCUGUCAAUCGCUGCUUCGAUUCUCACACACGUGUUAAUCACGAUCGAUCGCUUCUUUUGCAUAGUGUUACCUUUCAAACGCACCCCAUUUGUCAAAAAAUCAAAAAGAGGUUAUUAUUUCAUUUGGUGCAGCUCUUUCGUUCUUAUGAGCCCGUAUCUGGUCGUUUACGGAAGCGUGCCUCUUCAGGAUGGAUAUAGUUACUGCGCAGUGAAGUACGAGCAUUUUCGCACCCUCCAGAUUUAUUUCUGUCUCGUGUUCAUACUUCUCUACAUUAUUCCACUGCUGUUCAUUGCAACGUUGUACACGUUUGUUUGUCGAAAGCUAUGGAGGCACAAGGUGCCUGGCAUUCACACGCUUACAUCAAUUCCCAAUAGGGAAGCCCAUAACAGGAAAACUGUCAAAAUGCUCAUCAUACUUGUCACUGCGUUUGCAUUAUGUUGGCUUCCCGCGCAUGUCAUGCAUCUGUUGAUGUACUUCUGGCCCGAUCAAGCCCUACCUCUCGAGGCCAUCUUGUUAUCGUUUUGGGCUUGUCACUCACACAGCGCAAUCAACCCGCUUUUGGUCGCGUUUCUGAGUGAAUUAUAUCGAAAGGCGUGUCGCAAAGUAUGUAAAAAUCACCGGAAAAAGGCUUGUCCUUUUUCGCGUAAUAAUACUAAAGAAACUAACGUGAGGCUUGUUACAUUGUGACUUAAUAAUGACGUCAACUCCGCGACCGAUGAUGAUGAUGACGACUGCAGUGAUGAUKAUGAUGAKGAKGAGGAGGAGG